GUGGAUGACAAAACUCUUCAAAAUUUUGUAAACUUCGUGGGGGUCGAUAAAAACUUCGAAAAGGCCACCUCGCCAUCCGCCGCAGCGUCGUGUAUCGCACACUCCAAUGUUAUCAAAACCUUGAAGUGGAAGACCUCGUACUGCUCGCACGCCGAAGGUCGUCGAUUUCGUCAGAAAGCGGAUAGCAAGAAACGCGAUUCGGAGCAUCUCGACAAUGGCUCGGUCGUCCACGAAGACCUUAAGAUGUACCCCCACCGGACUCAGAAGGCUGCUAUCCUCAGCGCCUCAAAUCAGCAGACGCGAGUCAAGAAGUGCCGACAGCUUUUGCUUCGGACGCGCAAUAAGGGCCACCAUUCGAUUGUCUUUUCGGAUGAGAAGCUCUUCACCGUCGAGCAGCAAUUACUACCUAAAGACGAUUCUGGAAGAUGCUCUACUCCCGUGGGCGAAUUCCAACUUCAACGGCCGCCCGUGGAAAUUCCAGCAAGAUUAGGCGCCCGCCCACAAGGCCAAGGUCGUCCAAGUGUGGUGUAA